AUGAAUGUUGUAAAUCAGUUAUACAAAGAAGUUGAUUGUAAUAGAGAAUUUAUGGAUUCAGCAACUCAAGUUACUGUUGCAGAUAUUGAAAUUCCAUUUAUCACGUUAAUAAAUUCUCCUAUAAAACUAAGUACAAUGACCGGAAUACCUACAUUUCAACUUUUAGAAAAAAUUAUUGAAAUUUAUAAAACAGAAUUUCCUGAUAAAGGAAAGCAUUAUUUAACCUACAAAGAGAGAAUAAUUAUGGUAUUUUUAAAGUUAAGGCAGGAUUUAUCAUUUGUAGUUUUAUCUAUUCUCUUUAAAAAUGUCACUGCCGAAUCUUGUCGUAUGAUAUAUUCAUCACUUAUUCCAUGUUUAGCAAAAAUAUUAAGUUGUUCCAGUUAUUGGCCUUCUAAAGAAGAAAUAAUUAGUAAUAUGCCAUAUUGUUUCAAAAAGUCCCCCAAUACUAGAGUAGUAUUAGACUGCACUGAAAUUCCAAUCCAAAAACCUAAGUGUUUAUCAUGCCGCAUCAAACUUUACAGCAAUUAUAAGUCUACUUUUACUCUCAAAUUUUUGAUUGGAGUAUCACCAGGUGGGCUUAUUACUUAUAUUAGUCAACCAUAUGGUGGUAGAGCAUCAGAUAGGUAA